CAUAUUGCGUUAGGCUUCUACUAGGAGUCGUUUCCAAGUUCAUGACUGUCAAACUGACUGUUAGUAUGUGGUCGGUAUUUACUCCAACCCAAAUGUCAGCAACAGGAUAAAUACCCAGAAGAGACUGGAAGGUAUUUUCUAACUCUCCUGGAAAAUGGAACUUGGUGUCAUUAAGCUCUCAUCUUCCUCAGCUCUCAAUCUUCAGGAUUUUUCAUCACCUGUUGGUAGGAAACUGAUUAACAAACCUUCACUUCCUAAACCAUUUCUUCAACUUAAUGGCAGACCGCAGACCUUCCUCAACCAACUAAACUCUGAUCGUCUCCCUCCGAGAACGUCGAAAAGAUCCAUAUUAGCACAAUCUGGAAGUCAGGGUUGGGACUUGGGUAGAUUCUUGAAAACGUUAUUCUUCUUCAAUGAACCCCCCUCUCCUGCUAAGAUCAUUGAGUCUCUAGUCAGCAAACUAUCCAACCCGUCACCUAGUGAACCAGUAAAGAGAAUGGAAACUUCUGGCACUGUCCUAGUGGCUGGAGCAACUGGUGGUGUAGGUCGAAGGGUAGUCAACAUCUUAAGGAAGAAAGGAAUGCCAGUUCGAGUAUUGGUUAGAAAUGAAGAGAAAGCAAGACAGAUGUUAGGCCCGGACAUUGACUUGAUUGUUGGAGACAUUACUAAGGAGAGUACUUUGAUCCCCGAGUACUUCAAAGGAGUCAGGAGAGUGAUUAAUGCUGUUUCUGUCAUUGUUGGUCCAAAGGAAGGGGACACUCCUGACAGGCAAAAAUACAGCCAAGGUAUCAAGUUCUUUGAACCAGAGAUCAAGGGAGAUUCGCCUGAAAAGGUGGAGUACAUUGGGAUGAAAAAUUUGAUUAAUGCUCUAAAACAAAGUGUUGGACUUCAAAAUGGAAAGCUACUAUUUGGAUAUGAAGGUAAUAAUUAUAGGGAAUUGACUUGGGGAGCUUUAGAUGAUGUUGUGAUGGGUGGAGUGAGUGAAAGUACAUUUCUGAUCGACCCAAAUGGCAGUGAAAAUGGUGGACCAACUGGACUUUUUAAAGGAGUUGUUUCCACUGCAAAUAACGGUGGGUUUACAAGCAUCAGAACAAAGAAUCUAUCAACACCUGAGGAUCUCUCUGCAUAUGAUGGUUUAGAGCUGCGCCUUAAAGGUGAUGGUCGUUGUUAUAAACUAAUUGUUCGGACAAGUGGUGAUUGGGAUACUGUUGGUUACACAGCAGGCUUUGACACUGUAAAAGACCAGUGGCAGACAGUACGGCUUCCAUUUUCUUCUUUGAGGCCGAUUUUUCGUGCAAAAACUGUACCAGAUGCACCACCAUUUGACCCGAGCAAUAUUGUGUCACUGCAGCUUAUGUUCAGCAAGUUUGAAUAUGAUGGAAAACUCAAUCCUACUUUUGUGGAAGGGGAAUUUAAGCUCCCAGUUUCAAGCAUAAGGGCAUAUCUGAAAGAUCCUAUAACUCCCAGGUUUGUACACGUAGGCUCUGCAGGAGUUACCCGGCCUGAAAGACCUGGACUUGAUCUAAGUAAACAACCUCCUGCUGUGCGGUUGAACAAGGAAUUGGAUUUUAUCCUGACUUUCAAAUUGAAGGGGGAGGAUUUAAUUCGGGAAAGUGGAAUUCCAUAUACAAUUGUGAGGCCUUGUGCAUUAACUGAGGAGCCUGCUGGAGCAGAUCUCAUUUUUGACCAAGGAGACAAUAUAACGGGUAAGAUAUCAAGAGAAGAGGUUGCUCAAAUUUGUGUUGCUGCAUUAGAAAGCCCAUAUGCUACUGGCAAGACAUUUGAGGUUAAAAGUGUUAUACCAUUUAGCGAGCCAUUUACAGUAGACCCUGAAAAUCCACCCCCUGAGAAGGACUACGAUGUUUACUUUAAAACUUUGAAGGAUGGAAUUACAGGAAAAGAAGUCUUAGAACAAAAUCCUGUACCAGUAUAAUGCUUAUGCAAUAUGCAUAGAGCUAUGUUCAACAUUAACCUGUGUAUAUAUACCCCUACAGGAGGAAAAGGAAGAGGUUUCUAGAGGAACAUAUAACUGAAGAAGAUUAUAGGGUUCUGUAAGAAACAAUGACUCGACUUAAAAGGUUUUCACAUGAAAUAAUAGGUUCAUUCUUUUGAAAGGGUGAACAUAUUCUGUUAAGAAACAUGAUAUAUUCAGUAUAUGCAUCUCUUUUGAUUUUUUUUUGA